AUGUCAUGCUGUGGUAGCUUGGGUUAUGGAGGGCCAACCUGCUUGAGUAGUGUUCAGCGCACAAAGAAGCAGCAGCAAUCACUGAGAAACAGUUUCAUGGCCAUCAAAAGUUUUGGAGUGAUGAAGGGUUGGAGAGGUAGAGAUGGUAACAGCAACACAUCCUCCAAAAGGGUAGGAGUUGUGCAGUGUAGAGGGAUAGGAGACUUCAUAGGAGGGGACUUGUUACGGUUUGAUAUUGACCGUUGGCUUUCAGAUGUUGAAGAGCACAAAGCACUCGCAAUAUACCCUCCUCAUGAGGGAGGCUAUGAGGGGCGUUACUUGUCACGUCUCAGACGUCAAGGCUACUAUUUCCUUGACCUCUCAGCUCGUGGCCUUGGUGACCCUGAAACCACCCUCACCAAGAUUCACCCUGUUUGCCCUGCUCAUCUUGGAAAACAGCCAAUAGCAAGGUGGUAUUAUCCUCCAGAAGUUGAUUACAGAUUAGAAGCAUUGCCACCAAAUGCUAAAGGCCUGGUGGUGUGGAUAAUUGAAGCCAAGGUUCUCUCCAAGGCAGAACUGCAGUUCCUAGCUUUGCUGCCAACACUUAGGCCUAAUGUGAGGGUCAUUGCUGAAUGUGGAAACUGGAGAAAGUUUAUGUGGAAGCCACUGAAAGAAAUUGCUGGACUAACUACUAGUGAAGAAGCUUGA